GCGGUUUGAUUAAGCUGCAUUCCAUGAUUGGUCAAUGCUUUUUGUUAAUAACUCCUUGAUAAAACGAUAACAAGUUUUUGCAAAAGAAAAUGUUAUUUUUCUAAUUAAUUUUCUAAUUAAUGUUUUCAUAUUUUUGAAACAUCCUAUGUAUAAGAAUUACAUAUAUGAUAAAAAUUAUAUGUAUGAUUAUAUUUUUAUUUGUUUUAUUUAUUAAUUAAUUUAGUCGAUAAUUAGUUAGCAAUUUUGAUAUUUCGAAUUUAAAAUUUCUGUAUUUAUUGUUUUAAAUUUUAAAAAAUAAAUAUGACUUUUAUGAUUUUUAGAUAUUUUUACAUAAUAUUUUAGAACGUAUAUGUUUUCAUGUAUAUGUUUAGAACGUAGGACAGAAAGUCUUAUUCAAUAAAAAAUCUAUUUUAUACUUCGUUUGUGGUUAUAUUCUUCAAAUUCCUGACACAAAAAAAAAGUUUAUAUCAUUCUUAACGAUUGGUAGAUGUCAUUACAAUACAAAAUUGUAAUAAAAUUUUGAAUGGCAACGUGAAACAUUUUAUACAUAUUCUGAAUUCUAUUUGUAAAAAAUAAAAAUAAUUCUAUAACACUUCUUUAUCAUACUUCAUGGGUUUACCACGAAAUCGUGGAAAAAAUCAACAAAAGAACUUAUCACAAUCAAUCGUUAAAAAAAAGAAUAAUGUUACCACUCUCUCUCAACCUAUUCCAAGUACAAGUACAAAUAUAUCAUAUAUUAAUGAAAAAUCGCAAAACUUUUCAACUGAUUCUAUGAUUUUUGAAGAAGAUAAUCGCUUUAUUAAUAAUCUGAUACGAUACUUUUUUGCAUUAGAUAGAGAAAAACAAAUUGUCAAUAAAACUCGUAUAAUUAAAAAUGUUUUUGACAAUCAAGGAAAACAUUUUUCUAGAAUAAUGAAAAAAGCAAAAGAUCUUUUGUCAAAGAUUUUUGGAUAUCAAUUGAUAGAACUUGAAGGUAAUAAAUAUAUGCUAGUAAACGAAAUAAAAAAUGAAUUACCACAUAUUUAUCCAUGUGCAACAGAAAGUAGCCAACAAGUAUUAUUAUUUAUAGUACUCACUCAUAUCUUUAUGCAAGAAGAAUCCUGUACUGAAGAAUCAUUAUGGGAUUUUCUUACUAAUUUGGAUAUUUCCUGUUUAGACAAUCAUUAUCAUCCUUACUUUGGUAAUGUUAAGUACUUAAUAAAUGAGCUCUUUGUUGCACAAAAAUAUCUUGAUAAAACUAUACUGGAACAAAAUGAUUCAAUUAAAAUAGAAUUUAAAUGGGGUCCCCGUGCUGAAUAUGAAUUUUCUCGACGUGAGGCUUUAAAUUUUGUAUCAGAGAUAUACAAUAGACGUCCAUUAAACAGUUGGCCAUUACAAUUUAAAAUUUUACUUGCACGAGAAAAGUUAAACAAAUCUCAUUAAUAUGUAUUUAUUAUUAUGAAUGCAAUAAACAAAAAUUAAAAUAUAAA